GAGUCAUGGCACCUCCAAGUGAGGAGACACCUCUGAUCCCUCAGCGCUCCUGCAGUCUCUCAUCCUCAGAGGCAGGAUCCCUGCAUGUCCUCCUUCCUCCCCGGGGAUCUGGGCCUCCCCAGCGACUGUCAUUCUCUUUUGGGGACUACUUGGCAGAGGAUCUGUGUGUGCAGGCAGCCAAGGCCUGUGGCAUCCUGCCUGUUUAUCACUCGCUCUUCGCUCUGGCCACCGAGGACUUGUCUUGCUGGUUCUCUCCAAGCCACAUCUUCUCCGUGGAGGACGUGGACACUCAAGUCUUGGUCUACAGGCUCCGCUUUUACUUCCCUGGCUGGUUUGGGCUGGAGACAUGUCACCGCUUUGGGCUGCGCAAAGAUUUGACGAGCGCCAUUCUGGACUUACAUGUUUUAGAACACCUCUUUGCCCAGCACCGCAGUGACCUGGUGAGUGGGCGCCUCCCAGUGGGCCUCAGCCUGAAGGAGCAGGGAGAGUGCCUGAGCCUGGCCGUGCUGGACCUGGCCCAGAUGGCCCGUGAGCAGGCCCAGCGGCCAGGCGAACUGCUCAAGACCGUCAGCUACAAAGCCUGCCUGCCGCCCGGUCUGCGCGACCUGAUCCAGGGCCUGAGCUUCGUGACGCGCAGGCGCAUCCGCAGGACCGUGCUCCAGGCGCUGCGCCGCGUGGUGGCCUGCCAGGCCGACCGCUACUCGCUCAUGGCCAAGUACAUCCUGGACCUGGAGCGGCUGCACCCGGCGGCCGCCGCCGAGACCUUCCGCGUGGGGCUCCCGGGUGCCCAGGAGGGGCCGGGGCUCCUGCGCGUCGAGGGCGGCAGCGGCGUCGCCUGGAGCCCCGGGGACCACGAGCUUUUCCAGACCUUCUGUGACUUUCCCGAAAUCGUGGACGUCAGCAUCAAGCAGGCCCCGCGCGUGGGUCCGGCAGGGGAGCAGCGGCUGGUCACCAUCACCAGGAUGGACAGCCACAUCCUGGAAGCGGAGUUCCCGGGGCUGCCCGAGGCGCUGUCCUUCGUGGCCCUCGUGGAUGGCUACUUCCGGCUGACCUGCGACUCCAGGCAUUUCUUCUGCAAGGAGGUGGCGCCGCCGAGGCUGCUGGAGGAAGUGGCAGAGCUGUGCCACGGACCCAUCACGCUGGACUUCGCGGUCCACAAGCUGAAGGCCGCCGGCUCCCUCCCGGGCUCCUACAUUCUCCGCCGCAGCCCUCAGGACUAUGACAGCAUUCUCCUCACUGCCUGCGUGCAGACGCCGCUCGGCCCGGACUACAAGGGCUGCCUCAUCCGCCGGGACCCCGCCGGGGCCUUCUCCCUGGCCGGCCUCAGCCGGCCGCACCGGAGCCUCCGGGAGCUGCUGGCGGCCUGCGGGCACUCGGGGCUGCGUGUGGAUGGCGCCGCCCUGCACCUCACCUCCUGCUGCGCCCCCAGGCCCAAGGAGAAGUCCAAUUUGAUCGUGGUGAGAACGAGCUGCACCCCUGCCCCGGCCCCCGGCCGCGCCCCGUCCUGCUGCGCACUAACGCAGCUGAGCUUCCACACAAUCCCUGCGGACAGCCUGGAGUGGGGCCGCCUGCUGCUGUUCGCCUGGCAGAUCUGCAAGGGCAUGGAGUUGGGCGCGCGCCGCUGCGUGCACCGCGACCUGGCUGCGCGAAACAUCCUGGUGGAGAGCGAGGCGCAUGUGAAGAUCGCCGACUUCGGCCUCGCCAAGCUGCUGCCGCUCGGGAAGGACUACUACGUGGUCCGCGAGCCGGGCCAGAGCCCCAUCUUCUGGUACGCCCCGGAAUCCCUGUCCGACAACAUCUUCUCCCGCCAGUCUGACGUGUGGAGCUGCGUGGUGCUGUACGAGCUCUUCACCUUCAGCGAGAAGAGCUGCAGCCCUUCAGCCGUGCUUCCUGCGCAGGAUGGGCCUGAGCGUGAGGGGCCAGCCCUCUGCCGCCUUCUGGAGCUGCUGGCCGAGGGCCGCCGCCUCCCGCCACCUCCCUCCUGCCCCCAUCGAGGUGAGGGAGGCAGACUAGUUCAGGAGCUCAUGCAGCUGUGCUGGGCGCCCAGCCCGCAGGACCGGCCGGCCUUCAGCGCCCUGAGCCCACAGCUGGACGCGCUGUGGCGUGGGAACCCGGGAUAGCAGUCGGGGGAGCGCC